AUGAACUUCAACCCCAACAGGGCUGGCUUGUCCUUAUUGGGUUAUUGCUAUUACCGAUUACAAUCGUUCGUAGAGGCUGCUAAUUGCUACGAACAGCUGUCCGCUAUGCAUCCAGAGGUUACAGAAUACAAGCUGUACUUUGCACAAGCGCUUUAUGAAGCAUCUAUGUUCGAUGAAGCAUAUAAAGUCACCUUGCAAAUAAAUUCCAGCGAAUUAGAAAGAAAAGUGAUUAAGUUGCAGUCUGCAAUUAAAUAUGGCGUGGAAGACACGAUAACAGCAAAGUCACUGGUCGAAUCGUAUCCCUCCGAUGAUAGUGAUAAGGACAUCAAUCUCGGUUGUUUACUGUACAAGGAGAAUCACUAUGAGGAAGCUUUACAGAAAUUUUCCAAAAGUUUGAGUAUUUUGGGAUUCAAUUCUCAUCUUCACUACAACGUUGCGCUAUGCUAUUUUAAACUGAAAGAAUAUCCUCAAGCUCUUAAGCAUAUUACUCUCGUGAUCGAAAGAGGAAUAAGAGACCAUCCCGAGCUAUCGGUUGGAAUGCAAGGUGAAUCUUCUGAAGUUAAAUCCGUUGGAAACUCGUUGAGUUUACACGAAACUGCACUCAUUGAGGUCUUCAACUUAAAAGCAGCGAUAGAAUAUCAAUUAAAAAACAUCGAAGCGGCCCGAGAAGCCUUAUCUGAUAUGCCCCCGAGACAAGAGCACGAGCUAGACGCUGUAACACUUCAUAAUUUAGCGCUGACUUCGAUAGACAUCAAGCCGACAGACGGCUUCGAAAAAUUGCAUUUUUUGCUCCAACAAGAUCCAUUUCCUUCAGAAACUUUCGCAAAUUUACUACUCCUCUAUUGUAAGUUUGAGUACUAUGAUUUGGCUGCAGAUGUUUUAGCGGAAAAUGCACAGUUUACUUACAAGUAUCUAACUCCAUAUCUGUAUGAUUUUUUGGACGCAGUAAUAACAAGUCAAACUUCCCCCGAGGAAGCAUUUCAAAAGUAUGAAGAUAUUGCGUCGAAGCACGCUGACCAGUUACGAAAACUUACGAAGGUAGUUCAAGAAAGCCGUUCUCAGGGAGAUAACGAUCAAGUCAAAAAGGCAGUCGUUGAGUAUGAAGAAGCGCUGGAAAGAUACAUACCUGUGGUUAUGGCACAAGCGAAAAUAUAUUGGGAUAAAGAGAACUACGGUCAAGUUGAGAAAAUUUUUCGCAAGUCAGUGGAGUUUUGUAAUGAAGCCGACGUAUGGCGUCUAAAUGUUGCGCAUGUUCUUUUUAUGCAAGAAACGAAAUAUAAAGAGGCAGCCAGCUUUUACGAACCGAUAGUAAAAAAGCAGUACAAUAAUAUUCUAGACGUCAGUGCCGUAGUCCUGGCUAAUUUAUGUGUUUCGUACAUUAUGACAUCACAAAACGAAGAAGCCGAAGAUAUUAUGAGAAAAAUUGAGAAGGAAGAGGAACAACAAAUAUUUGAAGAUUCGGAGAAAAAGUUCUAUCACCUAUGUAUAGUAAAUUUAGUAAUAGGCACACUGUAUUGCGCGAAGGGGAAUUACGAGUUCGGUAUCUCAAGAGUGAUAAAAUCGAUCGAGCCAUUCAACAAGCGACUGGGGACUGACACGUGGUUCUAUGCUAAAAGGUGCUUUCUAUCGUUUCUUGAGAAUUUAGCAAAGCACUUAAUCGUAGUCAAAGAUAACACUAUUAAGGACUGUCUAGUAUUUCUUGAAGGCUGUGAGGCGUAUGGCCGACGCGUUAAUACGGUGAUUGAAGCACCGUUUCAAGAAGAAGACAUUAAUAGCAAAGCGAAACAAACGGUUACAUACGAGGCUCGUUUACUUAGAUAUAUGUUUCACAAGUUACGGAGUAUCGACGAUUCCGUUACAAUUAAUAAGUAUGAAGAUUUAAAAUAA